AUGACCAGAGCGCAGCAGUGCUUCUACCUGGGACCUCUCACCACGAACAUGAGCUUGCUAGAAAUACUACCCCUGGAGAUCAUUGACAAGACCAUCAACCAGCCAAUCUGGAUCAUGCUGACGUCGAACCGUGAGUUCACAGGCACGCUUGUGGGCUUUGACGACUUCGUCAACGUGGUUCUGGAGGACGUCGUCGAGUACGAGGGCGUCGACAAGCCUAUCAAAACCCAUUCCGGCCGAAUGCUAUUGAGCGGCAACAACAUCACCAUGCUCGUCCCCGGCGGAAAGCCCUCCAACUAG